AUGGUCGUUGAUCCCCAUCACCGCGGAGAGGUGGUACAUGAAGGAGUCUAAAUGAAAAUGGAUCAAAUAAAACAGAAAAAGGUUAAAAUCUAAUUGAAAAACAAAAAUUCCUAAGUUAAAAUAUAAAAAUCUGAUCAAAAACAUGGCCUCCCUUUAAAUCUUUUCGAUACCCAUUAACAAAUAAAUUCACCUACUGGUGGGGGGCUCGUUUGGACGGGCCUGUGGGGGCUAUUUCCUACACUAGGGGGCUUUCUGGAAAAAAACCCACUCGGAAUUAUUGAAAAAAGUAAAAAAAAAUUUUUUUCCUCCGAUUUUCAUCAAAUUCAAUUAAUUUCAGCAUUUUCUUGAUGAAGUAAGACUAGGGGAAAAGAACUAUCAAAAAAAUUUUGCGGAAAAAGUUUUUUUCUCGAAAUUUUAACAGAUAUCGCCCAUAUGCACAUUAAUCACUAGAAAAAAACAUGAAAAAAAUAAAUUUAUUGGGGUAUUUUAUUUUCUCAUAGCUAACUUGAGUUUUUCAAAAAUUUUAUCAGUUUCAAGUGCUGCCAAAACACUAGCUUAUAAGAAAAAAAUGAAUAUUUUUUUCUCAGACUCUUUUUAUAUUUUUUUAAAAAUUAUUGCUAUUAAAGACGAGAAAAAAAUAAUAAUAAAAAAAGCCCAUUCAAAUGGAUUUUUUUAACUUUUCAUAAAGUUAUCCAUGGAGCGCACUUUCACCAGUUUCUUUUCAGCUUUAAAUUUUUUUAGCUUUUUUUCUGUGAGUUCGAUUUUUUUCAGACAGACAAAGGAAAAAGAAAAAAAGUUCAAAAAAAUCCUUUUUAUAUCUAUAAAGAAGUAUUUUUUUCCCAUUUCCAAUUUCAAUUUGAAAGCUUUUUUUGGUCAAAAAUGUCGACAAUAAAAAAAUUAAAAAAAUCAAGGUUACGAAAAAAAGCUCAAAAAUAACCUGCUGAAAAAGAAGCGAAAUAGCUUUUUUUCGUAGUCUUUUUGAUCCAGCUUUUCCAGUUUGCCUAUGAACCUAUUUGAAAAUCAAAGCUACAAAAAAAGAUCAUGAAAACGCCGGGAAAACUGGAAGAAAGCAGCAAAAAAGCCACUUGAAAGAUAUUUUUUUAAUGAUUUUUUUAUAUCAUUUCCUUUUCCCUUUCAGAUUCAUCUUUUCCAAUUUCUUAAUGAAUCGAUAUUUUCUGAACUGAACUUUUUCUAAAUUCAUAGCUUUUUCAGGCGAACGUGUACUAUGCCGAGGGGCUCAAAAAUCGCAUUUUUGUGAUUCCCGAGUCGAGUAACGAGUCAUAUGAAAACCAUAUGAUAGAACUCCGGUAAUUUUAUUUCAACUUGCUCAAAAGAAUAAUCAAUGUGAACUCCAGAGACACUUACGAACGUUUACGCGAGAACAAUAGACACCAGACGUUUGAGUUCCGCCGAGGCGACGCCGUCUGUGUCUUCGACCGGAAAAGAGGGUUUUCUCAACGCGCAGUGAUCCAGAAUGUCUUCCCGGUAAUUUUUUGGUGUAUGAAAAAAACACCAGCGAAAAUUCAAAAGGCUACUUUUCCGAUUUUUUCAUAUCGCUAGGGAAUUUUCCGAAGUAAAAGAAGGCGUUUUUUCCGGUUUCAGAGCUUGAAUUGGUUUUAGUUUUUCCAGUAGUAGGAUUAAAGGUUGUCAAAGUCAUUACGUUGCAAGAGGUUCAAAAAAGCUCCUUUAAAAGGCUUUCCAAGAGAUUUAGAUCGCGGGAACUGGUAAAAAUUAUCCAGCUCAUUUUUUUUUAUUUCUAAAAAAGAGUUAACUCUAUAGUCGAUGUGCCAGGAGUGUCUUUCAUGGAACGACACUCCGCUCGGUGGCCUUGUGGCCGUGAAGAAUCAAUGCCUUUGCGGAUCUCGGUCACGCUUUCCCAUUUUAUAAUUUGCCGUUUUCAAAAUUCGAUAAUUCUUUAGUUUUAUGAACUUUUUGGCAGUGCAAUGGAUGAAUAAAGUUUUUCGGACUGCCAAUAAUUCAACCAGGGGAUAAAUAAGCAGAACCUUAUGUUGACUGAAACCGAUCUCUCUAUUUCAUAGUGCGUACACGUCUUUAUUUUAUAAGCCACUCACUUUCUGAAAAAAUCCAUUAACCACUGCAACCAACAAAAAAAAAACGAGGAAAAUUAAAACAUGGCUUUUAAAAAAACGCAGAAACUUUUGUAGAAUAAACUUUUUUUUUUCGCUUUUUUCGAGAAAGAUCAGGAAAUUUACUGUAUUCUUUCGUUUUCAUUUGUACAACGCGAUCGUUUUCAACGAUAAUAAUAAAUUUCAAAGAAAUAAAACAAUUAAAAAACGAUCAAAAUUAGAAUUAAAACCAAAAAAAAAUUAGCGUGGCCGAGGCUGGCAAAUUCGCAAGAUGCGCGCUACCGCACAAAUCGAAACAGCGGAGUGUCGUUCCAUGAAAUUUCAACUUGUGGCACAUCGACUAUACUAAAAGUUCAAAAGCUAUAGGAACUCUGCUAGAGUCAAAAAAUCUUGAAAGAGUAUUUUGGUGAAAUUUCAAAAUAUAUUGGCCCGAGAAAGGGAUCCUUCGAGGCGCCACUUGGAGCCUUAUGAAUUUUGAAAUUUCCGAAAUAGUGAUGUCAAGCCUGAUUCUGUGGUGAAGGAACACUUUGAAAACGAAACAAGACCCUUCUAUGAAUUGAUGUUUCAGAACGUGUCCCGCUACGAGGUUUUUCUAGUCGACCGCGGGGGACUCCGCGAAGUCGACGGAGAAGACAUACUCCCCUUAAAGAAGGAGUUCAUAUUCCCGCCUUUUGGCUUCUUCGUCGUACUCCCGUAUUUCAAGAUACGGGAUGAGGUACUCACUUGGAAGGAACCCUUGACUUUAAAAAAAAAAUCCGGUACCGUUCGAUUCGCAAUGAAAAACUAUAUAAGAUACUGUUUUCACCUGAAACCCCGUUUUUUACUGCCCCUAUGCCUUUAAUUCAUAGAAUAAUCAAUUCAAAAACUUUAAAAAUUUAUAUUCAAUAAAACGAAUUUCAGGAAAGUUACGGACGGAUUUCGAAAAAAAGUACUGCGACUGGAUGAAGGAAGGUCAGGUGCAGAUAACGCCUCUGAGAAUUGUGAGCUUCGAUUUAUUCGUUUUUUUUUGGAGAUUUGGAAAGUUCGAACUGAUUUUUAAGAAAAAAAAUGAGUGGAAAGGGAAAAUUAAAACUUUUCUGAAGGAAAAGAUUUCCAACCGCAUUUUUGAGCUCUUUGGUAAAUUUUAUUCAUAUUAUUUUUUUUUUCUUUAAAUAAAAAUAAGACGUGCUCUGAAUUAUGAAACUUUGCAGAAAAAAAUCAGAAUAAAGACAGAUUUUUUUCAGAUUUUUUUCAAAAAGUAAUAAUAUUGUCAGAAAAAUGGUCGUUUUAUUUUCAAAAUUCACUAUUUUUUUCAACUUUACAUCAAUAUUUUUUUUAUAAAAAUCUUAUUAGAAACCAUUUUUCACUACCUAUACGGAAAAGAGAACACAGUGUUCCCAAACAGGCGGCAGAUGUGGUCAUUGGGCGUGGCCGUAUGCAAUGGGGGCGCGGCUUAUUGCAAUAGUGGCGCGACAUUGAGAGCCGAUCUUUGUGCAUUUACUGGAUGGAAACAUAGCGUUGGAUAGUGUUUUUCGAGCCUCCUUGAACUUUUAUAGUAGUUUUAAUAUAUUCCAACGCAAAAUGAACCUAUUGAAAAUGGAAUAUGAACGGAAUCGCUUUUGCCAAAAGAUCUAUCACACGAAAUUCCUUUUUUCAGGACAAUUCGUCGCGUGAAGUCCUAAAACAUUUUUUUAAAGGAAAAAACCCAUAACGUUCCCUCAAAAAACGCAUUCUGAAUAUUCUGAAACGAAAAAAAGAAUCAAUUGGCUUUGGCACAAAAAUUUAUAACUCAAAAAGUCAUUUUAGACAACAUAUGUUUUGUGAAACAUCGAAAAAAAAAUUUUGAAAAAAAAAUCUCUGGGCGUUUAUCUUAAGAAACUCAUUCUGAGCAUUUUAAAACAAAAACAUGAACCAAGUAGCUUCUGCAAAAAAAGUUACAAUUCAAAAUGUCAUUUUAGUCGAAAUUUCGGGACCACCUCGAUCAAAAAUUAACUCAAGUACUUCUCAAACGCAUCCAACACGGUUAUAUUACACAACAGAAAGUGAAUCUAUUCAAAAAUCUGAAAAAAAUACGUGAGAAAAAAAGAGAAAAAAACUAUAUUUAAAUUGAAUGAAAUUUUUGAGAGGUUGACACGCGCCGCACCGCGUUGCGUUAGAAGGAACUCGCGUUUUCGCUCCAUUGAGACGACCAUUGUUUUCGCCUGCGCUCGCCCGUUUUGAAACACUCUGGAGAAUAGAUUCACGCUCAGACAAAUAAAUAAAAAAAUAUCUUUUUCGACCUCUGAACUUCGGUUUUUUUCUUGGCUUUCUAGUGAUGAGCGUCUAUGAAAAAUUGAGAUAUUUUGAAAAAAAUAACUUGAAAAAGAAUAUUUGAAAAACCUGAAUUUUGGUUUUUCAAUAUUUUUUUAGUGGUACAAAUUAAGAAAUGGGCAAAUUUUUCUGACUGGUUUUCUAGUAUUUUUUUCUGUUUUUAGACCAUUUUCCUGUUUCUUUGAGUCUGUACUUUUAUUGGACAUGAGAGACGAUGAAAUAUCAUAUAAAAAGUCCGGUAUUUGAGAAAAAAAUCGCUGGUUCUUUUUUUUUUACCACGACUCUGGACCUUGGUAAAGCUGACCGAACGUUCUGAGCAGAUCUAGGGAUCACUUAAGCGUAAUGACGCUACUAAAGUGGUCACUAUAAAGGCUCCGACCCGCCCAAUUCGGUGCUACGACAAGAGCAAGUUUUCCAUUUGCGAGGAGUACUGUAUGCGGAAAUGCGCAUUGAGUGCAUACACUUUGCGUUUACACUUUCGUUGCGUGACGUCACCGGGUAAGACAUUUCCGGGUUUUUUGUUUUCAAUUUUUUUUUUUCUUGAUACUGUUAUUUAUCGUGCACAUAUCCUCGAGAAAAAUGCAAAUCUUGAAAAAAACAAAAAAAAAGUUGAAAAAUAUUCGAAAAAUAUUCGAAGAAAAAACUCGGAAACAAAAAACCCGGAGAUGUCCCACCCGGUGACGUCACGCAACGAAAGUGUAAACACGCAAAGUGUAUGCACUCAAUACGCAUUUCCGCAUACAGUACUCCUCGCAAAUUGAAAAUUCGCUCUUUUCGUUACACCGAACCGGGCGUGUCGGAGCCUUUAUAAUGACCAAUUAAAUAGCGUCAUUACUCUCAAGUGAUCCCUAGAAGUGCUCAGAACGUUCGGUCCGCUUUACCAAGGUCCGAAGACAAAAAUAAAGAACAGCGAUUUUUCUCAAAUACCUGACUUUUAUAUGAUAUUUCAUCGUCUCGAAUGUCCAAUAAAAAGUACAGACUCAAAGAAACAGAAAAAUGGUGGUCUAAAAACAGAAAAAAUACUAGAAAACCAGUCGGUAAUUUCGCUCUUUUCGUAGCACGCCCGGUUCGAGUUGUAUUUCCUGCGAUUCAUCAUUAGUAUCAAUAUUUAUAUGAUCCUUUCCAGGAGGACGGCAUCAUCGUCGCCCGAAUCGGCAUCGACUUCGAAAAGGAGCGAGUCCCCGACGUCUACGACGAACUUCUGUACAGUACCGUCAUUGAUAGUUCGUCGACCACCCUGUCUUGGUCUCGAAACUCUCCCCAGCACGGCUAUCUUGACGGUGGUCUCGAUAACUUGAUGAGCUACCAGAAUAAUCAACGAUAUUGA